AUGUUGUAUCUCUUCCCCCAAACCUUCUUCCCCCAAACCUUCUUCCCCCAAACUCUCUUUCCCCAAACCCUCUUCCCCCAAACCCUCUUCCCCCAAACCCUCUUCCCCCAAACCCUCUUCCCCCAAACCCUCAUCCCCCAAACCCUCGAUCCCCAAACCUCUUUUUCCAAACCCUCUCUCCAAUUUUCUGAUGCAGCAGAGGUACAGCUGGCCUGGACGGACAGCAGCCAUGGUCUCUCCUCCGUCUCAGCCGCCCUCACGCUGCCCUUCCCCGCUUCCUUCUCUCCUGCUCCUCACUCGCACCAUUCCCUCCAACCCCCUCACUCUCUCCGCUCUACCAGGGACGACGGCACAGCAGAGGUACAACUGGGCAGCACGAGAGUGCUCGCCUCAGUAUCCGCAGCCCUGACGCUGCCCUUCCCCGACCGCCCCAACGAAGGCUCCCUGGCCGUCUUCACGGAGCUCGCCCCCAUGGCGGACCCGCGCUUCGUGCCCGGGCGACCAGGGGAGGACGCCAUUGAGCUGGGGCGCAUCAUAGACCGCGGGCUCAGGGAGAGCCAUGCGGUGGACACGGAGUCGCUGUGUGUGGUGGCGGGGAGGGCAGCGUGGGCGCUCAGGCUGGACAUUCGAGUCAUGGACAAUGAUGGCAACCUCGUGGAUGCGUGCUGUCUGGCAGCAGUGGCAGCGCUGCUGGCGUUCCGCCGGCCAGAAGUGACAGUGGGGGGGGACGACGGCAUGCAAGUGGUGGUGCACUCAGUGGAGGAGCGCGACCCCAUACCACUAACGGUGCACAACCUGCCGCUGGCUGUCAGCUUCGCCUUUUUUAACGACGGCAACGACGUGGUGAUGGACCCGAGUUACAAGGAAGAAGCAGCCCAGGCGGGGCGCUGCACUGUGCUGGUGAACGCGGUGGGGGACGUGUGCAGCGUGCAGAAGGGAGGGGGUGUGGGCGUGUCGCUGCCGCAGCUCAUGCGCUGCAGCCGCGUUGCUGCCUCCGUGGCCCAGCACAUGAUCAAAACGCUCACUGAUAAGGUAGCAGCGCUGGCAGCCGAGAGGCAGAGGCGCAAGGUGAAGCGACACGCCUCCCCUGCUGCGGCUGCUGCAGCAGCAACAGUGGGGUUGGACACAGCAGCAGGCGGAUCGAAGGCCGGGGUGAUUGGUGUGGCGGAGAUUGCUGCCGUGCAGAAGAAAGGAGGGGGCGUGCGGCAAGGGCAGGCGGGUGCCGAUGGUGGAGGGGGUGGGGUGAAGGAGGAGCAGAUGGAGGAAGGUGGAGAGGAGGAGGAGGGGGAGGAGGAAUCAAGCGAUGGGGAGGAUGGUGAUGAGGAGGAAGAAGAGGAGGGUGAAGGGGAUAAGGGGCGAGGGGGAGCAGCAGGAGGGGGUGUGGAUGCACUCUUUGAAGGAGGGGUGUCAUCGUGGUUGCAAGAGGAGGGUGGCGAGAAGAAGAGCAAGAAGGGGCCAACAGCAGGUGACGCCUCUUCUCAUCCUCCCCUCAUCCUCCUCUUGUCCUCUCAUCCUUCUCUUGUCCAAUCACACUACCCGCAUCGCUUCACAAUUAUACACACUCCCCUUGUCUCACACUCACACCCGCUCACAUUAGUCACACCUUGUCUUCCCUCUCCACCUAACCAACCCCUUCUCCACUCCCCUCUCCUCCCCUCCCCGUCUGCCCGCCCCUCUGCCCGCACCACCCCAGCCCACCUGCUGCCCUCCGAGCUAGACGCCAUUGCCGACCUGCUUCCAUCCACUGCCGCCCUGCAUGCCCCUGUCUCCAAGGCCUCUGCCGUCCGUGCCAUGCCGCCCGCUGGGAAAGGUAAAGACGAGCCCAGCGCAUCAGCAGCAGAGGCAGAUGCAGCAGUGGCAGUGGCAGGUGCGGGGAGCAGGGUGAAGGAGGAGCCGCUCACACUGGCUGAUGCGGUGAAGAAGCCGAAGAAGAAAAAGAAGAGCAAGGCAGAGCAAUGA